UGCUCCUCCACCCGCAUCGUCGCCUCCCACUUGAUAUCCCUCUGCACGCGGAUCGUAUUCAGGGGCACUUCGUCCCCCGAGCCGGACUCGUCGUCCCGCUUGGCCACGUCCAUCCGCAUGCCGCGCGCCUUGUCCGCCGGGCGGAAGGCCGAGUCGCUGAGGCGGCGGAAGGGCGGGAAGCCGCUUUCGUGGUUCUUGCCGCCGAGACUGGCGUGGGCGUCAUUGCUGUGCGCGCCGGGGGUCAUGCGCGAGGCGUUGCUGCUGCCGAAUCGGCGCGAGAUCAGCACGAAGAGAGGUCGGAGGGUCGGGAGGCAGGCGGAGAUGAUGCCACUGGCGCAUUCGAUGACGCACCACGUGCAGGCGGUUGAUAGGGUCCCUAAAAUAGUCAGAAAGAGAAGAGAGAAGAGACCAAACGCAUAA